UACUUCUCAGCCGAAUGUGGUAUCACCGGUGCCGUUUGCGGCUGCAGGAGCUCAAAGAAGGGUACCUAGAGUAAAGAUUGAAUCCUCGAUCAAUGUGGGGAGGCAAAGUGGGUUUCCAUGCACAAAGUGAUGAUCAUCAGUACACUCAUGCACCGAAAGGAUACUGGAGAGCACUGGCUACCAGCACAGAUUUUCAGGGUUUUAAGAUGGCUGACUGCCUUCGCGUCAUACACACCGACAUCGUCUCAGUUUGGAACUUCUACGAUCCCUAUGAGUACCUAGGUUCCAAAGAGUUUCGAGAUUUGAUGGUCAACAUGGUUGGGGAUGUGGAUGCACUGGCUGUGCCGACCCCUGCAUCCACCCAGCUCACUCGUAGUAACACGUUGUCGGGACCCAUCCCUCUCAUGGCUGCAAUGGUUGUAAUCCUGCCAUUUGUUGCUGGCUUAGCCCUUGUCCAAUGGGUCAGUGAAUCCUACCAGCGACUGCAAAAUGCGCAUCAAAGUUUUAUGGCAUACAUCGUCGAUUUGACACACGUACUGGAAAUACUGUUUGCACUCACGGGUAACAGGAAGGAAAAGAAACUUACACGCAGGGCGAUUAAGCUGGCCUUCAAAGUGUAUUAUGAAUCCUCAUGGAGGAGCAACGUUCAUACAGCGAUUAGGCAGUUCAAGCAUAUUAUCAUGGACCGUGAUGUAAUUCUCGAGAAGAUCGAGGCCUUUGUCCUUUCGGAUGGUAGGGAGACUCAAGUGACCAGUUUGGUCGAAGGGGUAGGAUCAGUUGAUCUGGGGCAAGAUGAAGAAUGGUACCCCGAUUCUAACUAACAGGGGUGACCAGUGUGU